AUGGAAAAAGCUGGUGUUUUCGUUUGUCUCAUGAUUGUUCUCCUAGAUUUUGCCGCUGGUUUUCUCGGCAUCCAAGCACAUGUAAAGAGAUUAGAGUGUCGACAGCCAAAUGAUGAAGCUUUCGAGCUCGGGCUGAUUGCAGCUGUUCUACUAGCUUUAUCCCAUGUUUCUGCAAAUUUGCUCGGUGGCUGCAUGUGCAUCUGUUGCACUGAGAAGCUUGAGAAUAAAUCAUCUGGUAUAAGGAAAUUCUGGUUCGGGUGCCUCGAUUGUAGUGGCGGUUGGAUUUCCAGCGCUGGUGAUGGGAAUGCUGGAGAUUUCGAAAUCAAAAGGGACGUGCCACCAGCUUUGAGUGCAAUUCAUGGCAUCACUUUACUAGACCCAGAAUUUACCAUCUUCCCUCCCAUCCCCAACAUCUCACAACUUCACUAUCUCUCUCCAUUUUCUUCUUCAAAAAUGGGUUCAAAGAACCAGAACAAACCUCCAUUUCAACAUAACACUACUCUCACAACUACUUCUACUACCAUCACAGUCCCUUUUAAAAAAUACAGUGCUGAUGCGGUGAGUGAAGAUAAGGGACGAAGGCUUGGAUUCGAGAAAAUGGUUGGCACCGCAAAUAAUGGUCGGCCCCGGCUAGCUUUCUCACUCGUAAAUGGCUCCCAAGACCUUGGCUCCGAUAGUGCGCCACCGAGUGUUGCCGGUUCAGAAUGUGGUGGUAUUGAGUUCACGAGAGAGGAUGCGGAAGCACUAGUGAAUGAGAAAAUGAAAUACAAGAACAAAUUUAACUACAAGGAGAGAUGUGAGAAUAUGAUGGAGUGUUCUGGAAGGCUUUGCACGAAGCUUUGGGUACCCGUUUGA